GCCUUAGAUCAGCUGCAAAAUAAAACCGACAAACACAUUUUUCAUAUAAGAAAAAAAAAAACAUACAUAAAUAAAUAAACAAAUAUUAUUAAUUAAUUAAUUUAAAAAUGCAAUUGUCACUUGUAUUAUUAGCCAAAAAAACAAAGACCAAAAAUAUAUUGGUGAUGGUCCAGAGUAUGGUGUCGGGUCAUUGUAUGAAUCGAAUUCGUGAACGUCUUGGAGAUAAAUUAGAAUUCAUAGGAUUUGAUCCACAUGUUCAAGCAAAUGUUCUGUACAGAGAAAAGAAAAAACUUCGCAGUCUCAAAGAUUACAAAGGUGGUUUAUAAAUAAAUUAAAAUAUACAAAUAAUAAAUGUAGGUACUGAUUUUUUUUUAAAUAAAAUAAUUUAUUUAAAAACAA